AUGGGUUGUUCGAUCGAGGACGAACAACCUGAACCGGGUGGCGGUGGUGACGCGCCAACAAGAGAGGAAGACGUCCAUUUUCGAAUCUGCCAAGAAAUGUCCCGAGCAAGGGCUGCGGCGAUGUCACCUUCAUAUCAAGCGCAAAAUCUGGAUCGUCGAGAGGUGAUCGAGCUGCACGAAGGGAUCAAUUCGAUGACAAUACUUGGCGAAGUUCUGGGCCGGCAGCGGCCAAAUCGUCUGGUUCGGGUUGUUGUCGCGAACGACGGGUCCAAGGUCUGCACUCAUCAACCUUUUCCGGGUCUGGACCAUGCCGAUAUGGCAUACAUAGCAGCAAAAGGUGCCCUUGAUUUUCCUCCUCCUCGGAUUUGCGACGCGCUUGUUCGUGUGUAUUUUGCCUGUGUCUACCCUUACGCACCUAUCCUGGACCGUGUGAAGUUUAUGCAAGACUAUCGAGCCGAUCGCCAUUCGUCAUUUCUCUUGCAAUCAAUCCUCGCAAAUGCAGUUCCUCACGCUCCUAAAGAACUUCUCCAAGAAGCUGGCUAUACGGAUAGAGUAGCUGCUCAACGGUCACUAUAUUCCAAAGCGAGACUGCUGUACGACAUUGGGUGUGAGAAAAGCCAGCUCCAUCUACUCCAGGGCUCCGUCAUGCUAAGUUCAUUAUCGUUUUCGUACGCAAUAGACAAAGACUAUCGCUACUGGCUUAGCAAUGCAGUCAGAAUCGCCACUCAGAUGGGACUUCAUCGAAACUACGUCUCAGAAACGUUGGGCGCCCGGACGAAAAGGCUGUUUCGCCGUAUCUGGUGGGUUUUGUACAACCGGGACACGCUUCUGACGAUUUCAGGCGUCGACAAUCUGAGGAGGUUUAAUGACAGAUACUGUGACACCGCUCCUCUGACUGAGUCAGAUUGGGAAGAAGACACGGAGAUCCCGGUACAGUUUCGGGAUAUCCUCUGUCCAAUACCACGGCUGCAGAAACUUUUCAUGGUCGAGUACAGCAAACUGUCAAUAAUAAGUGGUCUUUUCAUCCGAGACUUCAAAACACCAAACAAAAUACCGAGUGCUGAGGAGAUUGCCCAUGUCAGCAACGAAAUCUGCUCCUGGCGGAAACAAUUACCCCCAGAGAUGCAGAUCGGUACUUUUCAGGAGUGGUCUUCGGAUAAUAUAUGGGUCCUGGUCCUAUUCGCGAUGGGAUUCCGUCUCGAGGCCGUUUUCUGCCGAGCCGUCAAAGAUCACUAUCGGACUCAGAACGACCCUGCUUCUAUGCAGCGAGUAGCCCAGCGACAAGAGAGUGCCAUGUUUGAGCUCUCUACGAUCAUUCAACGUGCCUCUAUGCAUGAGGUGCUUCACCUCUGCCCUCUGUCCUUCAUGACAUGUGCAUCCACAAUACUAGCAAUGCGCAUCGAAAUCGCUCUCGACCCUACUACCAGUUCCCGAAAACUUCUCGCCACGAAAACGCAGAUCUACGCCGAACUUGAAUAUCUCCGUGAGAGCUGCGAAUACUGGAGUCGCCUGAUCUGGACGUUACGCAUGUUUGAAGCCGUCGUGGCCCGGACAGGCCUCGGUCUUACGACAGCGUCACCGAAUGAGGCGAAGGAUCGAACUGAAGGUACUCCCCAAACCAACCCUCAAGAUGGAACUCCCGGCUUCCAGAAGCAAGCCCCAACUGGACGCAUGGACAACUGGGAAGGUGGGUCAAUUGCCGCGAGUACCGAUGCAGAUUUCUCCAUGUCGAUGGCGGACGACGCUUUUGGCAUUUUACCGGUAACGGAUAACUACAACUGGCUGCAGAAUCUGCUGGGUAUGGAGCAUACUAGCGACAUCAUGGAUCCCCUCAACGAUUUUCUGUGA